ACACUCGGUAUGCUGUCUGUGCUGCUGUGAACAUAUAAAUCGCAAAGUGCACCAAUGAUUGAAAACAAAUUUACAUUUUAUUAAGAAUAAUUCGUCUUUUGAAACUUAUAAAAACGUUAAAUUUGAUUGUGAAAUUAUGUAACUUGACCAUCCGUUUUACACUAUUCAACACACAAAAUGAUGCAAUCUUGGGUUGAAAUUCAGAUUGACAGCUCCCGAAAUACGGAUUGGGUUUAGAGCAUUACAUUUACGCAUGCGCUCUCUUAUCUUGCGCGGGAUACACACAGCUUUCCCUUGUUCUCGAUGCUGCUGCGUUUGUGUUCAUGAAGCGUAUAUAUAUACAAGCGAUCGUGAAUACAGGCUAUACGGCGCUACAGAGCGAACCCGUAUCCCGCAUAAAAGCUGGCUAUGUCAGCUGUAUUACCGAAGCCAAAAAUGGCUUCGCAAAUUGCUGAAGACGGUCCGAAAAUUGGAUCUGUCUUGCCGGUCGAAGUAGAACAAGCUCUUCCAGAUCUGCUAAUGGUGUCACUGAAGUCUGGAGGCAAAGUUUUUCGUGGUGUUCUGAUUGACACGAAUUCAGGAGCAUGUCCUGUAGGUGUGCCAGAUACAACCAACCUUGGUUCACGUUUGAACAAGGACUUUGGGGUGCAGGUCAUGGACACAGCUGUCAUCCUACCCAAAGAAGAUCCAGGGACAGGGGACACUGCUACAAAAGUAGAGGAUUCAGCCUUGAGCUUUAGACAAUCCUACUUCCAGAAUAUGCCAUUGCCACCCGCAAGACCACUUCUUUUUGGUAAGAAAGAAAAGACACCAGAAAUCAAACAAAAGACAAUCGCUCAUGGAAGGUCCAGACAGUUUCGGUUGCGACCUCGGCAGUUGCUUUGCAGCAACUGCAAAGGAACUUGUCAGUCAGUAAAAGCAAAGACUGCCACAAGAAACAGAACUGACAAGAGUAGUCUUAAGAAGCGGAAAGCAGAUUCUUCAGGAGAUGUUGUCCGUAAAAAGCCCAGGCCCGACCCGAGAGUCACAACAAAUGGUGGAACUAAUGUGGGUAAAACAAAUGCAGGGGCUUCAAGUUCCCGUCCGUUGAGUACUCCAGCAAAGUCAGAAAACAGGUCUAUCAAGAAAACCAGCCCUGCGAUAAAGAUAUCAUAUGCAACACCUGGGAAAGGACAAAGAUUGAUUGUGAGGAUACCACCUCGCACAAACAAUUUCAAGCAAAGUUCUACCUCUCAAGGGAUAGGAUCUAAGAGCAAGAACAGAGUACUAACUGUUCCAUUAUCACCACUAUCUUCACUUGGUAAGCAUAAAAUUGACUCCAUAACGAAGAGACCGUUGGCGAAUGGGUUGCAUAAUUCACCAGUGAAAACCCAGCAUGACAAAAUCAGGAUUGUAAAGUCCAAAGGAACUUACACAAUUCCUACAGAAAAGUUACCUGUAAGAACUUAUGGCCCUCUCCCGGGGUCACCAAAGAUAGUGAACGGAGGAAACAAACUGGUUGCAAAUGUCACUGUCAAGCCGAUACCAUUACUUAAUGGGUAUCGUUCAGUGAACAGUCCACAGAAGAAAGAGAAACUGCCUUCCGCCCCUAAUAUCUUGCCACCAUUUUAUAUCAGUGAUACAGCCAGUGAUUGUUCAUCUCAUACUAGUAGGGGUUCAAGAAGAGGGAGUAAGAAAGGAAAGCAGAAUGGCUCUAUCAACAACAACAAUUCAGAAUGUGAGUUUGACUCUGAUGCUUCAUCAAAGGAAGCCUCUAAGAAAAUAGAGGUGAAAUCCAACAUUCACAAGAAGAAUGUGACAAAGAGCAUCAUGCCUUGUGGCAGGACAGUCUGUGUAGGUGACAUCAUCUGGGGGAAGAUAACAGGAUUCCCUUGGUGGCCAGGUCGCAUCGUCCAGAUCAUCGUGACACGAAGCAACGAAGGUAGCAUCACUCUGCAGGAGGCUCAGAUCACUUGGUUUGCAUCACGUUCCAUCUCCUUCAUGCCACUCACCAAGCUUCCACCAUUCCUGGGGGAGUUCAAGAAGUACUAUGACAAGAAGAGGAAGGGGCUGUACAAGGAGGCUAUCACUCAGGCAACCAAGGCUGCAGAGGCACUGUCCAGUGAAGUACGAGAACUCCAUACUAUGUUUGAAACUCCACUUAAUAAAUCCUAACCCAAGGUGAGUCACUGUAGAUUCAUCUGCUAAUCCUGCAUCAUUUCUCUUUUUUUCCAGUGGAAUCCACAUUAUCAUGACAAUUUCCUUUUCUACCAUUUUCUGUAAAAUGACAUAAAAUUGUGGCACGUAGUUGCAUUCUAAAUUUGAGGGAUCAUAACUUUCAAUACUUUCAAGCUCUUCUGUUUACAAAGAUGUUAGCAAAUUUACCUAUUCCAGAUUUUUUUAUGCAUAGUAUUUUUUCUUUGGUAGUCUCUCAUCCAGGACACUUCUUUGAUAACAUGUUAUUAAUAGUCAAAGAGCUGUCAGCAACAUAUCUCCAGGGGUGUCAUCCAACCUUAUUGUGCAGACUUGAUGAGCAUCAAUCCUGUAAGAUUUCAGCUCUUUGUGUAGAAAACAGUUUGUGAAGUAUCAGUAAUGAUUCGCAAAUCUUCUGAUUGAUAUAGGGCUGGUCUUGAUGUGCAGUAAGGUAAGAUAUAAUUGUUUUUCCCCUUUGGGUUACUCAUAAGUUCUGGGAGCUGAUAUGUUGAUAGAUAGAAAAAUCUUGACAUAAUGUGGAUAUUUAUUGGUAUAUGAUCUGAUUGUUAAAGAAGUCCAACGCACUGGCAUCUAAUUUCAUUACCAUCUUGUGUUGGCUGUACUCAUCUACAUUCGCUCUACAUUUAAUAUUUGACAUUCGUGGUCUAGCGGUUAUAACUUUGGUCUUUCAAUCUGACGAAUGUAGGUCCGAAUCCAAGCCAUGUCAUGUUUUCCUUCAGCAAGAAAUUUACCCUCACUGUGCUGCACUCAGCCCAGGUGAGGUGAAUGUGUACCCGGUAGGAAGAAAUUCCUUGAAUGCUUGAGUGCCUAGGCAGCCCAGCUAAAGUCGGGGUAAUAAUAAUAGCAGGGCCCACUGGGAGAACAGUCUUCGGAACCAUAGUGGCUCCCCUGGGUAAAGAUGCCUAUUAUUAUUAUUAUCAUUUUAAUAGCUUGUGUUUUUCUCUCAAAGUCUUCAUAUUUGGGUGUGUUUGGCUGGGCAUCUUAUAGUCCAUACCAGACUAGUCCAUACAUACAUGUAGAAAUUAUGAACUCUCAUGGGAUGUGGUUUUGUUUGCAGGAAACUUUUUUUACGUUCUUUUUCUUUAAUAAAUCCAAAAUUUACAAGGAAUCCAAAUGUUUUUUCUAAAUUACAAAGGUAGUCCACUGUCUGUCCACAAUGAUUUUGGGUAUUUUAUAUUGCGGUGCAAACGUUAUCAGAUGUACCAUACAAUUUAGUUUAACCAUGACGUUUACAUACAUGAAAUAAAUAAUGAAUGAGGUCUAUAUUGGAACUAAUUUACAUGUAUUUAUACACUAGGCGUUGUGGCGUGCACCUGUAAUCAAAGCUGUGGGGAAGUUACAAAUUGAUACAGAGGUUCGGGGUUCGAGCCCUGGUUGUUGUGAUUUGUAUUCCCAUACAAAUAAGGACUCGAAGGCAAUUUGUUAAGGUUCCAUAAUACAAGUUGACUAAUCCUUUAUUUAUUACUUCGGACAGUGCCGCGCCUUACCCCGCAUGCAAAGGGGUGUACAUACGCGCAGUACAAAUAGAUACAACUCAUCUCAUUACAUCUCCCUUCUUUUAACAACAUCGUGUUUAUCCUUAAAAACAAUUUGAACAGUUUCCAUAACAUUUUGGAAUGAUUUCUUUUGGUUACUUAAUUUCUUCUCACUUGCAAAAGCUUUUAGGCAUGCACAUUUCCUAUUCAUUUGCAAUAUCAUAUGUCAUACAUUUUCACAAAACUUAUCCCUCCCAAAAAAAAACUGUACAUAUGCUCAAUCCUUCAACUAUUUAAAAUCUCUCUUUUCAUCAAUGUCAACC